GCAAAUAACGGUGAACUAGGAGUUCAUGAAAAAAAUUAACUUUAUUGAUGAAGUAAUACUAAUUGAUAUAGUUCAUUAUACCAGUUAAUAGUUUUUAUAUGUAGUUAGGAAGCCAAAAGUGGUAUUGAUUUUCAACAAUGAGUGUAGAUGCUUACGGACCGAGCUCACAAACUUUAACUUUCCUGGAUACCGAAGAAACUGACCUCAUUGGUGCCGACACCCAAGGGUCCGACUUUGAUUUUACCGACUUUACUCUUCCUUCUCAAACCCAGUCACAAACUCAGGCUUCCCAGUUAGACGCUGGUCAAAGUCAGAGUCAGGUAAAUGGAUUAGAUCGUCCUGUACAGAAUGGCUUGGAUGGCAUUGUCAACUCGGUCACUCAAGGAGUGGCCGAACUCAACUUUGAGGAGGAUGAAGAAGAGCAGUUUUAUAUGAAAGACUUGCCCAAAUAUGCCUGCUCAUAUUGUGGGAUUCAUGAUCCAUCGUGUGUGGUUUUCUGCAAUACUACAAAAAAGUGGUUUUGCAAUGGCCGUGGAAACACAUCUGGCAGUCACAUUAUCAACCACUUGGUCCGCGCCAAGGCCAAGGAGGUGACUCUGCACAAGGACGGCCCACUGGGAGAGACGAUUCUCGAGUGUUACAACUGCGGCUGUCGCAACGUCUUUCUGCUCGGUUUUAUUCCUGCCAAGGCCGACUCGGUUGUUGUGCUGCUUUGUCGACAUCCAUGCGCCACUCUAAGCAACCUCAAGGACAUGAACUGGGAUCCAAACCAGUGGCAGCCAUUGAUCCAGGAUCGUCAGUUCCUAGCGUGGCUCGUGAAGGUUCCAUCAGAUCAAGACCAGUUACGGGCUCGCCAGAUCUCAGCACAGCAAAUCAAUAAGCUGGAAGAACUAUGGAAGGAGAAUCCCGAUGCUACACUGGAGGACUUGGAGAAGCCAGGUGUGGACGAGGAACCACAGCAAGUUUUGCUCAGGUAUGAUGAUGCGUAUCAGUACCAGAAUAUUUUUGGCCCGCUAGUGAAGCUCGAGGCUGACUACGACAAGAAGCUGAAAGAGUCACAGACUCAAGACAACAUCGUCGUACGCUGGGACUUUGGACUUAACAAGAAACGCAUCGCCUAUUUCCACCUCCCCAAGGCCAACGAUGAGAUGAAGUUGAUGCACGGUGAUGAGCUGCGAUUGCGCUACAUUGGAGAGCUCCACAAACCCUGGUCUGGAGUGGGGCACGUCAUCAAGAUUCCUGACAAUUAUAGUGAUGAAGUGGCCAUUGAAUUGAAGAGCAAUGCCGGAGUGCCAUCAGAGUGCACACACAACUUUGUGGUGGACUUUGUGUGGAAGUCAACCUCAUUUGACAGAAUGCAGGCGGCCCUGAAGACGUUUGCUGUGGACGAGAUGUCCGUGUGGGGCUACAUCUACCACAAGCUGCUGGGUCAUGAGGUGGAGGACGUCGUUCUCAAGUGCUCCCUCCCCAAGAGGUUCAGCGCCCCAGGGCUCCCCGAACUCAACCACUCACAGGUGUACGCCGUCAAGACUGUCCUCCAGCGACCACUCAGUCUCAUCCAGGGUCCGCCAGGCACAGGGAAAACGGUAACGUCGGCAACGGUAGUCUACCAUCUUGUGAAGCAGAGCAACGGAUCAGUGCUUGUCUGUGCUCCGUCUAACAUCGCUGUUGACCAACUGACAGAGAAAAUACACCGAACGGGACUAAAGGUCGUACGUUUGUGUGCCAAGAGUCGAGAGGCCAUCGAUUCCCCUGUAUCCUUCCUGGCUCUACACAACCAAAUCAGGAAUCUCGAAAGUGUUCCGGAGUUGCAGAAAUUACAGCAGUUGAAGGAUGUGACUGGUGAACUGUCAUCUCAGGAUGAGAAGCGAUACCGUGCCCUGAAGAAACAGUGUGAGAGAGAGCUCUUACAGGCUGCUGAUGUGAUAUGCUGUACCUGUGUGGGAGCCGGCGACCCUCGUCUGGCCAAGAUGCAGUUCCGCUCGGUGCUCAUUGACGAGAGCACACAGGCCACAGAACCCGAAUGUAUGAUUCCCGUCAUUCUGGGAUGCCGCCAGCUGGUUCUUGUUGGUGAUCACUGCCAGCUUGGUCCUGUUGUCAUGUGUAAGAAGGCCGCGCGUGCAGGACUUUCCCAGUCGCUCUUCGAAAGACUGGUCGUGCUCGGAAUUCGACCAAUCAGACUACAGGUGCAGUAUCGAAUGCACCCGUCACUCAGCGCUUUCCCGUCAAACAUAUUUUACGAGGGGUCUCUACAAAAUGGAGUGACUGCUGCUGAAAGAACUCGCAAGAACAUGGACUUUCCAUGGCCACAAGCUGACAAGCCAAUGUUUUUCUACUGCACAUCCGGCCAAGAGGAGAUAUCCAGCUCUGGAACUUCCUAUCUCAAUAGGACUGAAGCUGCCAAUGUGGAGAAGUUGACAACUCGUUUCCUGCGUGCGGCCGUGAAGCCCGAACAGAUUGGAAUCAUUACUCCAUACGAGGGUCAGCGGGCGUACCUCGUACAGUACAUGCAGUACAGCGGGUCACUCAACAAGAAGCUCUACCAGGAAAUUGAGGUAGCCAGUGUUGAUGCAUUUCAAGGAAGAGAGAAGGAUUUCAUCGUGCUCUCGUGCGUUCGCUCCAACGAGCACCAGGGGAUUGGUUUUCUUAACGACCCGAGACGUCUCAACGUUGCCCUCACCCGAGCCAAGUAUGGUGUUAUUAUUGUGGGCAAUCCUAAAGUUUUGUCAAAGCAAACAUUGUGGAACCAUCUGCUGACGUACUUCAAGGAACAGAAAUGUUUAGUUGAAGGACCGCUGAAUAAUCUCAAGGAGAGCCUCAUUCAGUUCAGCAAGCCGCGCAAACUUGUCAACACGGCUAAUCCAGGAGGUCGCUUCAUGAGUACAACAAUGUUUGACGCUCGUGAACUGUUGGUUCCAGGUAGUGUCUACGACAGGAGUGUCACAUACCGUGAGCCUGUGGUUAGAACACACGACCAGCUGAGCUACAUCGGACCCGAGCGGGCCUACCAAGGAGCGGCGCUGAACCUCCCGGUCCCUGUCAACAUGUUCCUGCCACCCGUACCGCAGCCCUUCCAGCCUCAACCCAUGCCGCUAGGAAACAAGAAUGUGCCGCCGCCACCACGCAGAAUGGGAGGCAACGCAAUGCGCCACAAGAAGCCGCCACGAUACAGCAACAUGCAGCCCAACAUGGCGCAAGUCAGUAUGCUGGGAUCGCAGAGUCAAGCCAGUCAGGAUGCCUCUCAGCCGUACUCACAAGGUCCGCUGACCCAGGGCCACCUGUCGAUGAGCCAGCCAUUCCAGAUGAGUCAACCUGGCUUGUCAGGACUCUCACAGGCAGAGCUCUCUCAGGACAGUUUCCUAGCGGAUGACUUCAAGUCUCAGGCUGACGGCAUGCUGUCGCAGGACUCCACGUACCAAGGGGACCGCUUCUUCUACGGCUCCCAGCUUUCGCAAGGGCCAUUUAACUAACGGGACACACACACAAAGCGCACAAUAGCGCCAGAAUGACGGCAACGACGACAACAUGAUCAAAUGUGACCAGCAGACAGACUGAUCGGUGAGCUUACCAUCUGCAGUGUCAGUGAAGAGGACGCAGCAUGGAGAGAGGAGGAGUGAUGCAGCGGGCUACCCGGACGUGUGGUCAACAUGGACGUGGGCCACUGGUGGUGGAUGCAGAGGAGGAGGUGUGCUAGGGCCAGUCCAGAACCACGCGGGGUAGUGGGCUUGUUGAGAGUGUAGACACCAAGGCAGGAGGACAGACACUGCAUCAACACGUGGAAAACAACUGUCUGGAAACAUUGUGUUAUUAUAUGUCAAAUUUUGUGUGCCACCCAAAAAAAUAAUUAAAUUAAACAAAAACAACAAAUGGCAAAUCAAAAGCGAAAGCGGAAUUCGUGCUGCACAAAAAAAGGAGAACAGUGAUUGUGGCUGUGUGUUUUUUUGUAAAAUCAUUUGGAGGAAAGCCGCAUUAGAUGGUGGUUUUAAUUUCUUGGAAGUUGGUUACAUUGAGUACCUUUCUUUAUUGACGAUAAUUAAUGUGGAUUUGCAUCAAGUGAAGAUUUCCAGUUAAUUAUUUGGUUGUACAUCUUAGAUAUCCAAUCUAUAAGCUGGCGAUUGUUAUUGAAUCAGAUAACUUGUAGUUUUGAUGAGACAAGGGAGUAUCGACAAUAUCAUAAGUAGGAUACCGGUUUUACACAGUGUUAGUUGCACCAUUUGUUGCGUGAGACAGUUGUUUUGAGGCCGCUGCAUUAUACAUUACAUCACAAGUAUCUGUCGAUAAUGUAGCCAAUACAAACAAAUAUCUUGGACUGUUAUUUCUACAAAUAUUUAACAAAUGUUGAGAAAUUUUUAUUUUGAUGAGUGAGUAAUUGAAAUAGACUGAUAAGAUGGUAACGGAGUCAGUAAUGUUUGAAUCACUUUUCUGUGGUUUUUGGAAUUGCCUUCAGCUUGAAAAAAUAAUAGAAAUCUGUGCAAGUACACUAAUUUAAUAACCCUGUAUCUUAGAUUUUAGGUUUUUUUGUUUUUUUUACGAAUUUAAAUAAAACUAUUAAGUAUUUUUCAAGGCAUGUUCUUUAUGGCAUGUUUUUUAAUGGCUUUUUAAAUAUACUAAGAACAAUGAAACUAUAAAAGUAUUAUUACUUGUUAAUUUUAGACCAACAAACAUGUGAAUUGCAAACUGCAGUCCUAUAAGAAUGGAACAGGUUGACCAUGAUAGUCCAGUGUAAAGCCGAUAGUUAUGUGUGUCAUGCUAGUAGAAGUGGAAUCCACAAAAUGUGUUAAACACCUGUCAUUGCCACUGUAAUUAUAAGAUACAUAUAAACACAUACAGUGCUUUGCCCUAGUGGAUCACUUAGACAUGUCACCAUUAACUGGCUUGAGAGGAACACAAAACCGAGUCUGAUAUGUGUGGAGGGUGUCCGGUUGUGACGCCAGAUCUUGUGAGUAGAUCAGCCCAACAUUCAGAUUAUCUUGCAACAUUAAUUUAAUCUAUAUAUAUAAUAACAGUACAUUUUCUAUAAAUAAUAAUAAUAAUAAUGCUGUUGCAGAUCAAUUUGGCAAUCCAAUAGCCAAUGGUUAAUAAAUCAAUGUGAUCCAGUGGUGUCGUUAAACAACACAAAUUUCAAGAGCUGAACACUUAUAUUAUAGCCUUGUUUUUGCACUUAAACUUGAAUGUAAUAGGGCCGGCACCUUUUCAGAGUGUAGCAGGUUGAUACUUACAAAACCAGUGUUAACUAAAAGCAACACAGGUUGCUAUUUGAUUAGAUCAAAGUCGUGAUCAUGAUACGUCCAUGUAAAAAACUAGGAUGGAAUUGGAUCUUGUGCCAUUGGGUAUGUGUUUGAAUUUUUAUAGGUAGCGAAAUAAAGCAGAAUGUGUGGUAACAGUAAUCCAUGUACAGGUUACCACAAAAUACAGGCCUGGUUCGCUACAGGUUAUGACACCGUUGUCAAGUUACAAUCCCAUUAUUAUUACUAUAAAAUUUGUUUGCAAAUUGCAUAAACACCGAUACUUGGUUAUUCAUUCAUUCAACUGUUCUGUUUGUGCUAAUACUUGUAUGUGUAUCUUAUAUUUGAAUAACUCACAAUUGAAUCAAUUUUAGAUGGUGAUGUGCUUAACUAUUUUUUUCUUUGAAAAUGAAGUACCAUUUUUGACUUCUCAACAUAUUUCAAUGCCUGUAUUAGAGGAAUAAAGACAUGCAAUAAAAUAAGUCUUCUCUAAGCCUUGUGUGAUUUUGAGCACUAUAUAAGAGCAAAAAAAAAUAAUAAUAAUAAUAAUAAUAAUUAGCUGAUUAUGGUACACAGUUGUAACAAGCUGUAUUGUAGAAAGUAAUUUAAAGCAGAUGAAGAAUACAGUAUUACCUGAAA